GCUAGUUGUGUGUGACUUGACCUUAAGGUUGGACUUCCUUUAGGCGUCACUUUUAAAUGUAACCAAUCCAAUUUACACGAAUCUGCCGAACUAAUACCAUCAUCAAUUCAUCAAGCACGCAUAUUGCUGGACCUAUUGCUACCAGUCAACCAAUUCUUACCGACUCAUAUGCGAAAGUAUUUGUAUUGUAUUGUUUUGUAACAUAAUUUACUAUCCACACAAAAAGUACAUUUGGGGCUGGCUACGUUGGAACCGCAACAAAUGCGCGUACCCUAUGACGACGCGCAGGUGUGGAGGACCAUGCUCAGACAUCGACACGAAUACAAAAUCAUGCAACAACUAGAAAGCCAUGCAGAAAUAUCAAUAUGGAAGAUCACCCGAACUCACGUAGACUACCUGGUCCAUAGUAAACAUAUGAGUGUUGUGGAACAAAUGCUGGUCGAAAACAAUAUGACAUACAUUGUGCUGAUUGAGGACGUAGAAUUAAAUAUACGUAACACUGUAAUGUCUACAGAGUCAUGGGCAGAUGACACCCUUCGAAUCGGUCACAGACUGAAUUGGAAGAAGUUCCCUUCUCUAGAAGUCAUCAAUGAAUACAUUCAAUAUUUGAAAGAAAAUUAUGCAUCUAUCUGCACCAUUAAAACAAUUGGAUAUUCUAUCGAAAAUAGACCUAUACAGCUGGUACACGUGACCAACGGCGACCCUUCGAACAAGCCUAUAGUGAUAAUAUCUGGACAACAUGCGCGGGAAUGGAUUGGCAUUACAACGUCUCUUUACAUCCUCAACAACCUUGUCACCAAGUUUGACAAACAGCCGGAAUAUAUGAAGAAUAAAGAUUGGUACAUAGUUCCGGUGGUGAACCCUGAUGGCUACUUAUACACCACGUAUGAUCGUUUGUGGAGGAAGAACCGCCGCAUGAUACAAGAGAACAAAGGAGGAUGUAGCGGGGUAGAUGUUAAUAGGAAUUGGGAUAAAAGUUGGGAGCAUAGCUUGGAUUAUUGCUCAGAAACCUACUCUGGAUCCAAACCUUUUUCAGAGCCUGAACUUCAAGGUUUGCGGGACCUGAUAGAAAAUCUAAGAGGUAAUGACAUGGCAUUCCUGGACAUCCAUUCUUACGGUCAGCUGAUCGGAUACCCUUGGGGCUACACACAUACACUCAGCCAGAACGUAGAAACACUUAAAUACAUCGCUGCUGGAAUGUCAGAGGCAGCAUUCAAUGCAACAAAACACAAAUAUGAAUAUAAUUCAAUCUACAAACUAUUCCCUCAUUAUGACCACAUAAACGGAGUCAGUAUCGACUGGGUUCACUCCUUAGGGGUCAUGAGAACCUUCGUCAUAGAAUGCAGGGACACUGGAUACCAGGGGUUCACGGUCGGUGAAGACCAGAUAGAAGAGAACGGUAUAGAGAUAUUAGCAGCCGUGAGAUUUCUGGCCAAAGACAUGGAUCCCCAAGUCAUGCGUAGUAAUUAUCGUCACUCAUGGUUUUGA